AGCACUGUGGCCAGCCCGAUGUCAACUGUUACCUCUGCAAGCAGUUCAAGAAAAUCGACAAGCUUUACACCUGAAUUACAAAGUAUGAUGUUUUCCUUAGGAGAUGCUCGCAGGCCACUCCAUGAAACUGCAGUACUGGUGGAAGACGUCGUCCACACUCAGCUGAUAAAUUUGUUGCAGCAAGCAGCUGAAGUUUCUCAGCUGAGAGGAGCUCGAGUCAUCUCUGCUGAAGAUCUCCUGUUCUUAAUGCGCAAAGAUAAGAAGAAGCUUAGGAGGCUAUUGAAAUACAUGUUCUUCCGAGACUACAAAUCUAAAAUUGUCAAAGGACUAGAAGAAGAUGACCUCCUUGAAGACAAACUCAACAGUAAUAACACCAACAAACGGCAGAAGCUUGCUCAAGACUUUCUCAACUCCAUUGACCAGACUGGAGAGCUCUUAGCCAUAUUUGAAGAUGAUGAGAUUGAUGAUGUCAAGCAAGAGCGGAUGGAGAGAGCAGAAAGACAAACACGAAUGAUGGACUCGGUCCAGUACGCGGAGUUCUGUGAAAGUCGGCAGCUGAGUUUCUCAAAGAAAGCCUCCAAGUUUCGUGACUGGUUGGACUGUAGCAGUAUGGAAAUAAAGCCAAACGCAGUUGCAAUGGAGAUUUUGGCAUACUUAGCAUAUGAGACAGUGGCACAGUUGGUGGACUUGGCCCUUUUGGUUAAGCAGGACAUGGCUCCCAAAGCUGGUGACCCGUUCAGUCAUGCCAUAUCUGCCACUUUCAUACAGUAUCACAACUCUGCUGAGCCACAUCUCUUAGGGCAAUCUACAAGUGUGAAAACCAGUCUUGACUCUCCUGAAAAUACACCACCUCCUACACCCACACCCCCAGCAUCAGCAGGACAGCAGCAUCUUGGGAAAAACCCAUCAGGAGCCCUGGGGAAUGGUGGAAUUGGACAGGACUCAACCAAAUCCAAACAAAGGAAGAGAAAAAAGAGCACUGCAGCCUGUGGUAUAGAGGCUCAAAGUGAUGCCAUCCAGCCCAGCCACAUCAGAGAGGCCAUUCGACGCUACGGCCACAAGAUUGGCCCCCUUUCCCCAUUCACA